CCAAAGUUUUGCGGUGGGCUGGCCGGGGGCGGGGGGGAGGGGCGGGGGUGGGACGGGGCAGCCGAGCCGCUCCGGCAGCACCGGCAGCGCCGUCCUCGCCCUCCCUGCCCGCGGAAUGAGCGUCCCCCGGGCGGCUGCCGCUGCCGCCUCCACUCGGGCUCCGGCGGGCGGGCAGACGGCGGCGGCUGCCGGCGCGGUCGCUGCGGCGGGAACGGAGUGAAUGACCGAGAGGAGCGGCGCAGAGAGGCAGCCCCGGGAUCAGGAUGAGGGCGCCCGCCAGCAUCCUCAACCUCCUGCUGCUGUCCUUGCUGGCCGGCCUCGAUCCGUCCAAGACUCAGAUUAGCCCCAAGGAAGGGUGGCAAGUUUAUAGUUCAGCCCAGGAUCCUGAUGGCCGUUGCAUUUGCACUGUUGUUGCACCGGAACAAAACCUAUGUUCAAGAGAUGCCAAAAGCAGGCAACUCAGGCAACUCCUAGAGAAGGUUCAGAAUAUGUCCCAGUCUAUUGAAGUUUUAAAUCUACGGACUCAGAGGGAUUUCCAGUAUGUUUUAAAAAUGGAAACACAAAUGAAAGGGCUGAAGGCCAAGUUUCGGCAAAUUGAAGAUGAUCGGAAGACAUUAAUGACAAAGCAUUUUCAAGAGUUGAAAGAAAAGAUGGAUGAGCUCCUGCCACUGAUCCCAGUUCUGGAACAAUACAAAACUGAUGCCAAAUUAAUCACCCAGUUCAAGGAGGAAAUUAGGAAUCUGUCUACUGUCCUCACUGGGAUUCAGGAAGAAAUUGGUGCUUAUGACUAUGAGGAACUACACCAGCGUGUACUCAGUUUAGAAACCAGGCUUCGAGACUGCAUGAAAAAGCUCACAUGUGGCAAACUGAUGAAAAUUACAGGCCCCAUUACAGUCAAGAUAUCUGGAACCCGAUUUGGAGCCUGGAUGACAGAUCCAUUAGCAUCAGAGAAAAAUAACCGAGUCUGGUACAUGGAUAGUUACACUAACAAUAAAAUUGUCCGUGAAUAUAAAUCAAUUGCAGACUUUGUCAGUGGGGCUGAAUCAAGGACAUACAACCUUCCAUUCAAAUGGGCAGGAACCAACCAUGUUGUCUACAAUGGCUCCCUCUAUUUCAACAAGUAUCAGAGCAACAUCAUCAUCAAAUACAGCUUUGACACUGGGCGGGUGCUUGCACAGCGUAGCCUUGAGUAUGCUGGCUUUCACAAUGUCUACCCUUACACCUGGGGUGGCUUUUCUGAUAUUGACCUGAUGGCAGAUGAAAUUGGGCUAUGGGCGGUGUAUGCCACCAACCAGAAUGCAGGCAACAUUGUCAUCAGCCAGCUAAACCAGGAUACACUGGAGGUGCUGAAGAGCUGGAGCACAGGCUACCCAAAGAGAAGUGCUGGAGAAUCCUUCAUGAUCUGUGGCACCUUGUAUGUUACUAACUCUCACUUAACAGGAGCCAAGGUCUACUAUUCUUAUUCCACAAAAACCUCCACUUAUGAGUAUACAGACAUUCCUUUCCAUAAUCAGUAUUUUCACAUAUCCAUGCUUGACUACAAUGCAAGAGAUAGAGCUCUCUAUGCCUGGAAUAACGGACAUCAAGUCCUGUUUAACGUCACCCUUUUCCACGUCAUUAAAACUGAAGAUGACACAUAAUUUUCUUGCCCUUCCCUUUCCCUCACCUCCCUCCCUCAAAGCUGUGUCAUUUGUGAUAAACUCUAAAAGCAUCCACCUCUCUCAGUUCCUUUUAAUUUACAUUUCUUUUUUCAUUAAGGAAAAGCAACAUUUUCUACCAUAUAAUGCAUUUCAAACAUGGCUGAGCCUGUCAAAAAUGACCUGUUGGAAAUAAAAGCAUCUUAAUUCAUGAUUCUACAAGGUCUGUGAAGACCUUGUCUUGAAAAGCACUAAAGAGGAUUUAAGUGGCUAGAGACAGUUUUUAAAAGAUUAUGAUCUGCCUUAUUUUAGAGUCAGAGACUAAUGGUGGCUUAAAUGCAUGAAUGUCUUUUUUUACCUCAUUUUUGUUUUUAAUCUAUUGCUCAACUUCAGGAAACAUUUUGGUAGUGUCAGACACAUAUUGCACAUUGUAUUUUUUUAUUUAUUCCAAAAGAAAGAUUUAGGAAUUUAACUUACUUGGACAUGAAGUAUGAUUCAUUUUGCCAUCACCCAGUUUCAGAUGUGGUGCUGUACAGUAUGUUUUUAAAUCUCUUGCAAACAUUUUAUCAACAGUAUGUAUUUCUACCAUUGUAACCACCAUUGUGCAAUUGUAUCUCUUCACUUAUGUGAAAGUAAACUAAGUACUAUUUUUUAUAAAAUAUAUUGAAGCUUAAUUGCAGUUCUGGCUAUGGAUCAAUUGAAAGUGGUAAAAAUCAAAUCAGAUGAAAGGUGGUUAUUUCUAAGACCAGUAGCUUCUCAGGUGCAUGAUCUCUAUUCUCAGCUUUUUGGUAGACCCCUUCUUAUUCACCAUUGGUGCUUACUGGCAAAUCUGCAACUUUGAAGCCUCUUCCCAGUCCCAGCUUUACAAUAGCUUGCUCUGGCCAAUUUUUAUCUCAUACUGCUGGUUUAUCUCUCUUUCAAUCUCUUUUUCUCCUACUCUCUUUCCUUCCGCCAUUUUAUUUCCCUUGUUUAUGUUCACUCCCUGGUCUGCGCCUUACAAGGGAGAAUUUAAAAGUGGGCUGCUGCCUGUGCCUCCAGCCCGAGUGUGUAAAUGCAUCCCAUAUUUGCGUUGUUCUGGGGAAGUAAGCUGCAAUGUUGGAAUUCAAGUUUCUUUCCUUAAUGUGCCUGUCUUCUUAGUCAUAAUAGAAGAACUGUUGGCAAAGCUCUUCUCUGGGAUGACAGUAAUCAGGGAGAAAAUACAAAGGAAAAGAUUCAAAGCCUAAAUGAUCAGCGUAGCACCUGGUAGCCACCAUAUUGCUUGUCCUUGAUAGUAAACAGCCACAACACUGAGGCCAACCGCUGGCAAAGAGAUUUGGGUUUUGUUAGUAGUAAUAUGUUCAAAAAAGAUGCCUUUAAGAAACAAAUAUUUCUGAAAGCUGUGUGGCUUGCUACACUAUCUCAUUAGAAAUUGGGGGGGGGGACAUAUUUUAUUUAGAAAAAGGAAUGAGGUGCUAUCUAUUUUGUGUAAAUGGAAAGAAACUCACUUUAAGAACUAACAUAAGAGUUUUUAUUAAGCUGGGCUAUCACAUAAAUCAAAAAGACAGGUAUCUGAAAAACUGUGUGAAAGCUGCGUUCCUCACAAAAUCUGAGAUUCUCAUCUUUAUACUCUUUGAAAUUGGGCUCAUAGAAAAGCAAAAACAUUUACAAAAAUGUUCCUAUUUAAGAAAAAAAAAGCAGCACUGACAUUUUGCCAGAUCUGUUUUGAAGACAUUUGAUUUGCCAAUUCUUCCAACAUAUCAGCUGAGACCACCUUAAGUCUCAUGAAUGUUUACAUUAUUAUAAAUAUAUAUGUCUAUAUACAUUUACAAGUCUACUUUACAAUACAAGCUCACAUGAAGCUUAACAACAAAUUGCCUUGUUUUUCAUACUGGUUGCAAAACAGAAAACUACUAAGUAGGUUUCAAGAACUGAUAAAGGGGAAAAAAACCAACAAAUUACAUCAUGACCAGAGAAAAGUUACUCUCCUAAUUCCAUUUCCCCCCUCCUGCCUAGCUGAAAUGAUAACUGUUAUCCCUUACAAUCACUUACACAGAAUUUGGAGACACCAAGUUCAGCUAAACAGACCAAUCAAACACUCCUGUAACCAGCUUUUCUGUAUUAACAAUGAAAACUCUGUGACACAUGAAAGUGUAUAUGACUACUCAUUAAAAAAGGUAUUUUGUGUCAUACAGGAAUGUUUUAUGAAAA